AUGGCAGCAUCACUGUUUACUUUCUCCUCCACCUCAAGAAGAGUCAUCCCAGCUCCAAACUCUCCUCCUCUUCCCAUAUACAUCAAAGCCACAAAUGUCAUCUUUAACCCUGAUAUACCAGAUGUUCAUCGCGGUCUUGGAAUUGAUGAUUUUGUUAAUUUUCUAGUAUCUUGCAGACUUCGAUAUGCUAUCAGUGAGGUUCCAUCAGAGUUCUUUCCCGAACAAGUAUGUGAGUUCUACUACACCGCAACAGUCAAUAAUGAAAACAACAUCAUCUCCGACACUAUUGGGAGUGGCCGUCGCUCAGUUUUCAUCAACGCUGAUCUCCUCCAUACUGCGCUCAUGUUACCAAUUUUUGAACCAUUCUCUGAGCUUCCAACUAUUGAACAUUGUAUACGCCUCUUUGACCAAAUGGGCUAUGAUCACUCCAAGGCUGGUGCUCGACCAGCUCUCAUUCUACGUCAGUGUAUGACUCCUGGAUGGAAGUUCUUCACCGAGGCACUUUGUAAGUGUGUAGGUCACAAAUGUCGCAGUGGUGAUCAACUGAGUGCUUUUGAGCAACAAGUGGUAUGUUCACUUCUCCUCAACAAACGUGUUGAUUAUGGGGCUUUCUUCUUCGAUCAGCUAGUCCAACUUCUUUGA